AUGACACGCCAAGCUGCUGCAGGAGGAAAGCCCACUGUGAAGGAGAAGCUUUGGGGCAAGCCCUACUUCCUGCUCCACACGAUAACUGACAUCAUCACAGCAAUUUUGGCCGCAAUAACGAUCAUAUGCGGCGCAUACGGCUUUGUUACUUCUGAUAGCAAUGACAAAUUACUCCUCAUUUAUGAAGUAUUGAUUGGUUUUGGCAUUCUUGCAUCGAUCACGUUCUUAUUGAGCCUUAUCCUCUUACACAUUCCAAAUUACGUCCUCUCUGCCAUUAACAUUUGUCUGAUUACCCUGCUAAUGAUUGCGGCGAUUGUGCUUGGAAUCCUGGUGGUGGCAAAAAUCGAUCAGCUCGCAAUUGGCAUCAGCAUGAUCGCCUUGGGCGUAGUUGCGUUGGCACUACUUGCUGGAGUACUAUUCAUAUUCUGGUCGGAUUCUGAUGCCGCAUUGGCCUGA